CCAUAAUUUGUGAGAAAAACUAGAAAGAAAUUUUCUGCUCAAUAAACUACAGAUUUUUCGCACACUGUACAUUUCUUUUUUCAUCUCAAGUUUCUCAGUUGUCUAUGAGCCUGGAUCAAACUUCACACCUACUUACUAAUAGCCCAGCUCCCAUAAAUACGGAAGCAAAAAUAGAAAAGACAAAUCUGGCUCCUAUUUGAAUGUAUGACAAGGCACAUUUCCUGAUUCGUUUUAAUCAAAGAAUAUUCGUGAAUCCUGCUCUAUAAUUUCAAGUCCUAGUGCUCUCACCUUUCCGUAUCCCUUAGUCGAUCGACCAGUCACAUGAUUCAUAUCCUAGACCAUAAAUAGUUGGGACCAAGACGAACUACCAAAAUUACACGGGUCAAUGUAUGACCUUCAAUUCUAUGUUAUAGUCUUUGCUCACCAUAAUGGGUCUAACUAACAUGUUGGAUAAGAGUUCAAAGAACAGAAAGCAAUGGACAUCUUUGCUUUUGUGUUUUUGAGUUCCAAUUUGCUUCUUUUCUCCUUUGUAUCCUCCGAUACUGCUGACAGUAUUACUCAAUCCCAAUCCCUCAGUGAUAGUAAGGGCACAACCUUGGUCUCUAAAGAUGGAGGCUUUGUCCUGGGGUUCUUCAGUCCAGGUAAUCCCAAUAACCGUUACUUGGGAAUUUGGUAUCACAAUAUCCCAAUUAGAACGGUUGUUUGGGUAGCAAACAGGCGUAAUCCAAUCAACGGCUCCUCUGGCUUGUUGAUGGUAAACAACUAUGGUAAACUUGUUCUUCUCAACCAGAAUUCGACUGUUGCUUGGUCGGCAAAUUCGACAAAAGAGGCCAGGAAUCCAAUAGUACAGAUUUUAGAUUCAGGAAAUCUAGUAUUAAGAGAAGAGAAUGAAGAAAACCCAGAAAAUUAUUUGUGGCAGAGCUUUGACUAUCCUUCUGAUACUUGGCUACCAGGGAUGAAGGUUGGAUGGGACUUAAGUACUGGUCUGGAAAGGCGCCUAACUGCGUGGAAGAGUCCAGAAGAUCCAUCUCCAGGAGAACUGAGUUGGGGGAUUGAACUUCAUGAUUACCCUGAGAUAGUCAUGAAGAAAGGCUCCGAUAAGUUCUUCCGGACUGGCCCAUGGAAUGGCCGUGUUUUCAGUGGCGUACCGGAGUUAAGGGCCACCCCGGUUUACAACUUCAGUUUUGUGUACAAGAAGGACGAGGUAUACUUCAUGUUCCACAUGAUUAACACGUCUUUAAUCUCAAGAGCAGUUAUGAAUCAAACUCAGUAUGAGCGCUACAUAUGGGUCGAUGGAAAAUGGAAGCGGUACUUAUAUUUACCAAGAGACAACUGUGAUGCUUACAAUUUAUGUGGGGCUUAUGGAAAUUGCAUCAUUGGUGAGUCACCUGCUUGUCAAUGUAUACAAGGAUUCAAGCCUAAGUCACCAGAUACAUGGAACCCAGACGAGUGGUCUAAGGGAUGUAUACGCAGUACCCAAUUGAGCUGCCAGGAUAAAGAUAAAAUUGGGUUUGACAAGUUUUUUGGGUACAAAUUGCCAGAUACCACAUAUUCUUGGGUGAACCUAAGUAUGAAUCUUGAGGAAUGUAGAGUGAAAUGUAUGAACAACUGUACCUGUAUGGCUUAUUCAAACACGGAUAUUAGAGAUGGAGGAAGUGGCUGCGCCAUGUGGUUUGGGGAUCUAAUUGAUAUUAGACAGAUUACACUUACCGGGCAGGAUGCUAAUAGUCUGCGCCAGGAUGUAUAUAUUCGAAUGCCUGCUUCAGAGAAAGAGGUGAAAGACAAGCAAAAGAUGAAGAUGAUAAUAGUAGUUGUGGUUACCAUUGCCGUAGUUUUGGGGGUGCUCUUGAUUCCCUACUGCAUUUGCAAAAGGACAAACUUAAGAGAAAAAAUGGAAAACAAUGUGAUGAUAGACCAGAACACUGAAGGCCAGAGUGAAGACUUAGAGGUCCCAUUCUUCAACCUAACUACCAUAGCCAUUGCCACUAACAACUUUUCAAAUAAUAACAAGCUUGGUGAAGGGGGUUUUGGAGUCGUAUACAAGGGUACACUAACAGAUGGACAAGAAAUUGCUGUGAAAAGGCUUUCACGAAGUUCUACACAAGGAUUAAAUGAGUUUAAGAAUGAAGUUACGCUGAUUGCCAAAUUGCAACAUCGUAAUCUUGUUAGGCUUUUGGGCUAUUGCAUUGAAGGAGAGGAAAAAAUGCUAAUCUAUGAAUACAUGCCCAAUGGAAGCUUAGACUCCUUCAUUUUUGAUCAAACUAGGGCUAAAGUUUUAGGUUGGUCUAUGCGCUUCAACAUUAUCUGUGGAAUUGCAAAGGGGCUUCUCUAUCUUCAUGAAGAUUCUAGAUUGAGGAUUAUACAUAGAGAUCUCAAAGCAGGUAAUGUUUUACUUGAUAGUAAAAUGAACCCAAAAAUUUCAGAUUUCGGCAUGGCUAGAAUCUUUGGUGGAGAUCAGACUGAAGGAAAUACAAAUAGAGUGGUUGGAACUUAUGGUUAUAUGGCACCUGAAUAUGCCAUUGAUGGUCUAUUUUCAGUAAAAUCUGAUGUAUUUAGCUUUGGAAUAUUGUUGUUGGAGAUAUUAAGUGGAAAGAGAAAUCGAGGAUUUUUCCAUCCAAGCGAUGGUCUAAACCUUGUUGGACAUGCAUGGAAAUUAUGGAAAGAAGGAAAGCCUUUAGAACUGAUUGAUACUUGCUUAAAUGACUCUUGCAUCCUAUUGGAGAUUGUACGUUGCCUCCGCAUCAGCUUCUUAUCUUUGCAACAAAGUCCUGAAGAUCGACCUAACAUGUCAUCAGUAGUUAUGAUGUUGCAUGGUGAGAGUUCAUUACCUGAACCUGGAGAGCCUGCUUCCUUUGUAGGAAAAAGAUCAUCUUCAUCAAGCAAGAACCAAUCAUCUUCAACCAAUGAAAUUACUGUUACUUUAAUAGAGGGUCGAUAGCCAAAUGUCAUAUUAAUUACAUUAUUACAUAUCCUAUUAUUGAUAUUUCUCUUUUACAUUUUGGAAGUUAAACGUAGUUGUAUUCCCCAAGUGUGUGACAUUAGUCUUAUUUGAAUAUUAAAGGCUUAAAAUGGU